AUGCCAUCAUUAUCCAAGAUUGAUGUUAACCUUUUGCAAUUUCAGGAGUUACAGACUCCUGCAAAUGUUGUUACAUUAUCAUUAGGGAACAAUUCGAAUAUAAAUGGUACUACAUUGACAUCUGAGCAACAAAUGGAUAUCAUCAAUAAUCAAAGCUCAUAUUCAAAUUCUAUCAAGGUAUCUGAUGAUAAUUUACUUUGUUAUCAUUUGACACAGGAUUGUUCAAAGAUAAUUAUAUAUACAACAAACAAUUGUAUCAAUGGUAAAACGAUUAUUAUUAGUUUACCUCAAAAAACUAUGAAUAAACACAAUACUUUAUCACUUUUGAUAAGUGGAGAAACUCUUUUACUUCAUACUAUUUUAAAGGAUGGACUGUUUUUAACCAUGAGUUUACCACUGAAUUAUAUACUGGAUGCUACUAAUAGUAUUAACCUUGGAGAUGAUUGGGUUAAAGUUCAAAAUCCAUAUGAUUUCACUAUUAGAGUUCCUCAUUUAUUGUAUCCCGUAUCAGAAGAAUUAUUAAUGGUGUUUUUAAAUGAUGGUGGUUUAUUAGGCCUAAGGAAAACAUCGGAAGAUUUUGAUCUCGAACCAUUAUUAUUCAAUGAUAAUUCAUACCUUCAAAGUUUCACGAAACUUUUUUAUAAAAAUCAAAACAUAGCAGGAAAAGUUACUAGUUGUUUAACAUUUGAUGAAAAAUUUUUGAUCGUUCUGACAGAAAAUUAUUAUCUCAAAAUAUGGGACAUUAAAACGUUUAGUCUACUGAAUGAAUAUAAUUUAUCGGCUAAUAUAAUAGUUGACGAUAUCCAUGGAAACGAUAUUCAUCAAUAUAACGAUUCAGGUAAUUUCCUAUCUAUUUUUCAAAGCACAUUAAUUAUUUAUUCACCCCAAAAGAAUGGUAUUUUCCAAAUUGGUUACCUUUCUGUAGAUCAAACUGGAGUCUUGGAAUUUAAUUUGAAGAAUAUAAUAAAUGCUAGUUUACCGUCAUCCUCUAUAUGGUUCUUAUCCGAUAUGAAAUUAACUAAACCGAUUGAUUUAAAUUAUACAUCAAGUUAUUUGAACUUGGUUAUCCUUUGGAAGAGUGGCUCCUUGAGUAAAUUCCAAAUUUUGAACAUAUUAUAUGAUGAUCUUAAGGAUUGUCAAUGGAUUGAAUCGUCAAGUAAGUCUUUAACAGAUGGUCUUGAUGAUUUGGAUUUAGCAUGUAUCACUCAAGCAGAAAAUGAAACAGAUGAUGAAUUGUAUGAUAGGUGUUUCCUAACUUUAAAAUCAAGAUUUUCUCCAGAAGUAUUUAAAAGAGCAUUGAAUAUUCUUAGCGAGAAUAAUAUAAUAAUAACAUCAUCUGAUAAUAUUUCUCAAAGGAAGGAGUACCUAGCUAAUCUUGAAACAAUAUCAAAGGAUAUCAAGGGUAAGAUGGAUGAAGUCUCAACUUUAUCUAUUUUCAAUGAUGAAUUGAUAUUGGUAAAUUCUCUUACACCUUUUAAUCAUGCUGCAUUUAAGAUUAAUACUGGUUUGGAAUAUUAUUAUUUUAACUUGCAUAAUUCAGAAUACCAUGAUGAUUUAUCUAAGUAUUUGAAAGCACUAGAUAGUUUUACCAGUACUUUACCAAGACACGUCAUGCACACUUUAGGUGAAAAAUUCCUAAAUAUUUCAACUGGUAAAUUAUCCAAAGAUCUAUCACCAAAUGAAAAAUUUGUUGAAAUAUUUAAAUCAACGUUACAAAAUCAAUUCGCAAUAAGUAACUUACAACUUCUAAUGACUGAACUGAAUAACCUUGAUAUACCAGCUUUAUUGACGGAUUUCAUUCAAAACUAUUUGAUAAUUCAAGAAGAAAAUUCUACGUUUAUUGAGACCUUGACUACCAAUAUGUUUUCUAAAAUUGCAACUAUUGAAAGCAUGUACCAAAUGAUCACUAUUCAAAAUACAUUUAUAAUUCAGAUUUUAAUGACAUUCGUAUUACUGGACUCUACCUAUAGUUACUUUGCAGAACAAAUUGAAAAAUUAUUAGAAUUUAAUUAUAAACAAUUACUAUUUUUGGAAUUAUACAAAGAAGAUAAACUACAACUCAUUGAAACUAUCUUUAUGAAAAACACCAAAUAUCACCAAGGAGCUAAAUUCUACAAUUAUUCUGAAUUGAAUGAUUUCAUUAUGCAUAAUAUUUCCUUGUUUUAUGAAGAACCAAUCACUAUGAACACAUAUUUCUUAGAAAGUAUUAAGAAGUAUAUAUUGCCAAGUGGCAAACAGAAUACUAUACAAGAGACAAAGAUGUACUUAAGAAAUGUUGGUACUCGCUUCUACACUAGAGGAAAUAAAUCCGACGAGCUUUUGCUAUCAAUAUCAUUAUUUAUUGCAGGUGAAUAUGAAGAAUCCUAUAGAUUCUUCCAACUUCAUGAUGGGUUCAGUGCUAUAAACACUAAUGAACUUCCUUAUUUUAUGGAAGAUAUGCUAAAAUCAGAAGAUUCGGAUUCAAUAUGGGUACCUUUAAUCAAGACCUUGGUUGCACAAGAUCACAAGCAAACAAGGUUCUAUUAUUAUUUGUCAUGUCUAUAUAGCUAUCACGGUAAUAGUCCAGAGCUUGCUUUAAAAUCUAUUAAAAAGUCAAUUGAAAUUUCUAUGGAAGACGAUACUGAACUUGAUAUUGUCACGAAACAACAUGAGCAAUUAUUGGCUAUGUUGGUUCAUUUUUCUAUAUUUGAUGAAGUGAUCGAUGUCCUUAGAUUAGGUCAUUCAUUCCUAUCAGCUGACGAGAGACGCCAAUAUUUUUCUUCCUUGUUAAGUUAUCCAAACCAUAAUGAUAGCCUAUUCUCUACUUUGAUUAACAUGUCAACCAAUCCUGAUACUAGGUUAGAACUAGAAGACUAUAGUAUAGUCGACAGUAUAUUAAGUGAUAAUCUUGAACAAGGUGAUUGGGUCUCAUAUAAAAAAUUAUUCACAUUCAGAUUCGUUAAUAAAUAUGAAAGAGAAGCUGCAGAGGUUAUAUUUAACUAUUGGUUUAAACUUCAGAGAAAUGCAGAUGCACGGAUGAAGAAAAGAUACGGUUUGAUCAUUAUUAAUAUACUAUCAACAUUUGUUAAUAGUUACGACCAGUACAUUCUAGAUGGUGCUAAUGUUGUGACAUUAGAUGAACUCAGAAAGCAAUGCAUAAAAUUAUAG